ACCAAUAGCUGGAAAGAGUGCCUCACGCAACUGCGUCAUUAGAGUACGCGACCCUCCGAUUGGUCGGAAGAUACCACUAUGUUAGUAGACACAGGGGGAGUGGUUUCCUCAGUUGUCAAAGGUGAAGCGGUGCGGAAGUUAUUUUGUUAGCAUGAAGGGACAGACAACCUUAGCAAUGAAAGUUCUGAUACAUGCACUUUCUUCUAAUAAAGCGCCCGAGUAAAGCGGGGGGUUGUGGGUAACCCGCAGCGGGAUGCUCGGUCCUGGGCCGGCCGGGGCUGUUGUGUCCCUGAAACUCACCAGCACUAAGGACACUUUUAUGCGUCUGACACCUGAGGUGAUCGCACAACUGCGCCUGGAACAGAAUCAUGCAGUGGAGGUGUCAUGGAGUGAGCAGAUGCCGGUGUAUCUUUGUUGGAUGGAGAGUCGGAGUGGCACUUGCUUGGGUACAAAUGUGGCUGAACUGAACAGACAGUUUGCUGAGAAGCUCGGCUUUUCACAUGGGCAGCAGGUCUUCCUCAAGCAGUGCACUAAUGUUAUUUCUUGUACUGAGGUCACAGUUGAGCCCCUGUCUGCUGAUGACUGGGACAUACUGGAACUUCAUGCUUCAGCCCUUGAAUCCCGUAUUUUGGAUCAAAUUCGAAUAGUUUAUCCUAAGGCUAUAUUCCCAGUAUGGGUUGACCAGCAUACUUGCAUUUACCUUCAGAUUGGUGCACUGACCCCACUGUCUAGUUAUGGCAGACUGGAACCACUUACAGAACUUGUAGUUGCUCCUAAACUACGAGACUUAGAGGCUGUUUCCUCAGCACUUGUACCCCCAGGACCUGAGGAUUUGGAUAUUGAAUCCAGCCAUGUAAAAAGUGAUCAUAAACAGAGCGAAAGUACAGACAGUCGAAGGCAAUCAACUGAAGGAGGAAGUGAAACUAUUGAACCAGAUCAUUCAGAAGGUUUAUCCAGUAGCAAAAGUAUAUGGGACUCAGUAGGAAAUUUUCUUUUACGAUCUCUUUGGAGGAAACCAACCCUUUCUGCAAGCAGCAGUGAAACAGAACUUAUGGAGAAAUCUUUGGUUAAGAAAGUUGAGUUAGAAGCUGUAUUUAGGGUAUCCAAUCACAUCCCUCACAUUGUUAAAAACAGCCAGGAAUAUACUGACAGUGUGAAUGAUAACUGUGUUCAUGUUUUCUCAUGGUACCCUGAGCCUCCUGGUUUAGUAAAUGACAUUGUAGUAACAUAUGGAACCAUUCAGGAACUUUUAUCCCCAAAAAGAAGGAAGGAAAGUACCAGAAAAAACACAGAUCCGUCAGGAAAAAAAAUGGACGGUGUUGCUCUGGGAAACCCAAAACAGAGGAAUGCUGACAACAAAGGACCCAGUGCAACAGUGAAAAUAGCAUGGCAUGGCUUUGACGGUCUUAAAGAUAUCAUUGAGUAUGAUAUCAGGAAUGGAAACACACACGUUGGAAAAGUCUGGGUCCCAUCUCGAUUGAGAAAGAAGCUCAAUAUGAAUGUCUCCUCAGCUGUAAGAAUACAUUCACGUGAUUGCAUUCUCAGACUCCCAGCAUCGCUCACACUACAGCCAACACAAUCUUUGGAUAGAAACAUACAUAAGGACGAUAUCAAAUCUGCAUUUACUACUUGGUUGCUGUCUUCUAGCACUUUACAGAUGCCUUGGAUUGCAGGGAAAACUGGUUAUAUACAGAUUUCAUUAAAAGAUGAGGUAUCAGAAUUCUUUAUUGUUGUGGAUAAAACAGACUUGCAAUCAAGCCAAGAUGAUUUUUAUAUGUUAUGCCCAAGCGUUUUGGAGAAAACUACAAUUCAUGUGAAUUCUGAGCUGGCACCCACAGAAGAACCUCAAACACACCUACAUACAGAUCAAAAUCUUCUUUACUUGAAACUGCAAAAUUUAGGAGGGGGGAGUAAACUGGGGAAGUCUUGCUAUGAUCAUGUCGUUUGUUGUCUCAUGGGAAGUCCACUAUCCAGACAGCUGGUUGCAUCUGCUUCUGGACUUCGAAGUGGAGGAGUGCUUCUUUUUGGACCAAAGGGAAGCGGAAAAUCAACUCUAGCAAAAGCCUUAUUGAAAGAAGCAUCUGAGAAACUGGAAUCACAUGUAGAAGAAAUUGAUUGUAAACUGUUAAAAGGGAAAACCUUUGAAAAUAUACUUCAAACACUAGAAGAAGCAUUUGAAGAAGCAGCCUGGAGGCAGCCCUCAAUUAUACUUUUAGAUGACCUGGAUCAGAUUACCGGUGCUGUUUCUACACCAGAAAUGGAGCAGAGUUCUGAAGCAUCUCAAAGCAAACAACUUGCAUAUGUUUUGAAAGACUUAAUGAAGAAAAUCAUUUCCAUGGACACUCUGGUUUCUGUAAUAGCUACAUGUCAGUCUGAACAUUCUUUGAAUCCUGUGCUAAUUUCUGAGCAAGGGACACAUCUUUUCCAGUGUGUUAAAGCCAUCCCACCACCAACACAGGAAGAGAGAUCUGAAAUGUUAUGCUGUGUAAUGGAGAACAGGCUAAGUACUGAUGCUGCUAGUUACAGAGACCUUGACUUCCAGUAUCUUGCAAGAGAAACAGAGGGCUUUGUAGCAAGAGACUUUACCAUCAUUGUUGAACGCGCCAUAGAGUCUAGUGUGUCAACCCGACGGAUUUUCAGGAAACAAGAUUUGGCUUUGUCAAUGACUGACUUCCAAAAAGCUCUGAAAGGUUUUACUCCAUUGUCCCUAAGAAAUGCUCAGCUACAUAAACCAAAGAAGCAGGGCUGGAACAUGGUGGGAGGUUUACAUGAUGUUCGUCAGGUUCUUAAGGACACCGUUGAGUUACCAGCCAAGUAUCCUGAGCUAUUUGCAAACCUUCCCAUACGCCACAGAUCUGGUGUUUUGCUGUACGGUGCACCUGGCACAGGGAAGACGCUGCUGGCUGGUGUUAUUGCACAUGAAAGUAGAAUGAAUUUCAUCAGUAUUAAGGGUCCAGAGCUUCUCAGUAAAUACAUUGGGGCAAGUGAACAAGCUGUGCGGGAUGUCUUUACCAGAGCCCAGGCCGCUAAGCCUUGCAUUCUAUUCUUCGAUGAGUUUGAUUCCAUUGCUCCUCGGAGAGGCCACGAUAACACUGGUGUAACUGACAGAGUGGUCAACCAGAUGCUGACACAACUUGAUGGUGUGGAAGGAUUACAAGGCGUAUAUGUUUUGGCCGCCACUAGCCGCCCGGACUUGAUUGAUCCUGCUCUGCUCAGACCUGGACGAUUGGAUGAGUGCCUUUAUUGCCCCCCGCCAGACCAGGCCUCGCGAUUGGAAAUCUUAAAAGGCCUCAGCCAUUCCAUGCUUUUAGAUGAAAAUGUGGACUUGAAGCUUAUUGCCUCUCUGACGGAUCAUUUCACUGGAGCGGAUCUCAAAGCCUUGCUGUAUAAUGCUCAGCUGGAGGCGAUACACACUAACCUGUCAGCAACCCUUCCUCAGGAUAACAAUUCUGGAUCUGACAGUGAUAUGAGCUUGUCUUCCAUAAUAUUCCUGAACCACAGCAGCGCUUCUGAUGACUCGGGUGGAGAUCAAGACAGUGUUCUAGACCAGUCUUUACCUUCCUUGGAUAUGAUAAAGCUUCCCACCGAAGACAUUCAUUCCAGCAUGUGGCGCCUUUACUUUGGAAGUUCAUAUGAUUCAGACCUUGGAAACUGCAGUUCAGAACAGACUUCCCAGAGCUUAUCUGGAAGCAAUUCCAUUACACAUGAGUUUAUUGGCCCGUCUAUAGGAGAAUUAGUGCCUUCACAACCUCUAGUGUUUAUAAGCAGCUCACCAGAAGAUCACCAACAACACAGUCAGGAACAGUAUCAGAAACUAGAUGAUGAGAUCAGUGUACCCAAGGCCAACUGCAUGAAUGUGGUCUAUGAUUCUCACAGCCAAAGGGAGUCCAAGAAGAGUCUUCUGAUAAAACAGCAUCACCUUAUGAAUGCGCUUGCCAGCACAAGGCCAUCUGUAAGCCAAGAGGACUGGAAGUUUUUUAACCAUCUUUAUGAAAACUUUCAAAACCCAAAGCAAUCGAACAGGGAAACUUGGAGAAGUGGACAAAAAGUGACCCUUGCCUAGCAACCAUUCUGCUGACUCCUGCAAAUUGUAUUUAAUCAACACAACUAAUAGGGUUAUUUGUAAUUAAAUGCUUUAUUUUUUA